AGUGGUGGUCGUUGACACUGGUGUGACACUGGUAUAAUUUGUCACCUUUUUACGCCCCUGUCAGUAUUGCCGGAAUCAUCAUCGUCGCCGGUGGUUUUCCUUCGAGAAUAACAAUCGUUUCAGUUCUUCAACAAAACCACCUUCACACGAUGAUCCUUUUACUCCCACACUCAUAUUCAUUCCCCAAAUUCACCCCUAUAAACCCUAACCCUAACCUCAUCAUCACCACCACCACCACCAAUAACCCACACUUCACAUACCGCAAUCAUCUCACUUCCAUAUCAUCUUCACUCCGUUCAAUUCACCCAAAGCCAAACCCUAACCCUAACCUACUCACCUCACUCAAACCCUACGUUCAAUCCGAAUGGAAAACAAUCAUCAACGGCUGGAUUUGCAGCGCUGUUUCAGUCUAUACAUUAUCCAAAAUUGUUCCAAAAGUUGGUAAACUAUCUGCCGUGACGAGUGUUGAACAGUUGAGGACCGAGGGUUUGGUGAUUGGGGGACUGUGGUUGGUUCGGUUGGUUGCGAAUUAUAUGCAGCAGUCGUUGAUUUGGGAAGCGGCGUUGAAAUCGGUGUAUCGGGUUAGGGUUUAUGUGUUUGAGAGGGUUUUGAGGAGGGAGUUAGGGUUUUGGGAAGGGGGGGAGGGGAAGAUGGUUGGAGAUGUGAGUUAUAGGAUUACUGCUGAGGGUUCUGAUGUUGCUGAUACUGUUUUUGCUUUGUUGAAUACAGUUGUACCCAGUUCACUGCAGCUAUUUGCAAUGGCGACUCAGAUGGUGGCUAUCAGCCCUGUUCUCUCAUUCGUUUCUGCCUUGGUGAUUUCUUUGAUGGCAUUGGUAAGUGCAUAUUUUGGUGAAGAGCUUCGUGAAGUAUCAACUAAAGCAAAUUUAAGUAUUGCAGCUGUUUCGGCUUAUUUGAAUGAGGUCCUGCCAGCUAUUCUAUUUGUGAAGGCAAACAACGCAGAAUACAACGAGUGUAUGAGAUUCAAGAGACUUGCACAUGAUGACUUAUAUAAACGUUUAAAUAAAAAAAGAAUGAAGACAUUGGUUCCACAAAUAGUGCAGUUAACCUUGUUCGCGGUGCUACUUGCGAUAUUUGUCGGCUCAUCUAUUGCUGCAAGUGAUUUGUCAAGUGUAAUUUCGUUCAUAACGUCAUUGGUUCUCUUGAUUGAACCAAUUCAGGAUGUGGGAAAAGCGUACAACGAGCUAAAACAAGGAGAGCCUGCUAUCGAACGCUUGUUUCAACUAUCAAGUUUUAAACCCAAGGUAACUAAGGAAAUAAACGAAGUUCGUGUAGAGUCUGUUGCAGGAGAAGUAAAAUUCUGUAACGUAUCAUUUGCAUAUGGUGAUAGCACGCCUCUUAUUUUAAACAAAUUGGAUCUUUAUAUAAAAGCUGGUGAGACAGUUGCUCUUGUGGGGCCCUCAGGUGGCGGAAAAACCACCCUUGUGAAAUUACUUCUUCGCCUAUACGAUCCUUUAUCUGGUCAUAUUCUUAUCGAUAGCCAUAACAUUCAGAGUCUCUCUUUGGAAAGUUUAAGGACACAUGUUGGACUUGUCACUCAGGACACAACACUUUUUUCAGGGACAAUUGCUGAAAACAUUGGGUACAGAGAUCUGUUGACGAAAAUUGAUAUGGAGAAAGUCAAACACGCAGCACAAAUUGCGAAUGCGGUUGAAUUCAUUGAAUCACUACCUGAAGGAUAUGCAACGAAUAUUGGACCUAGAGGCUCACUUUUAAGUGGUGGUCAAAGGCAAAGAUUGGCUAUUGCAAGAGCUCUAUAUCAAAAUCCUUCUAUUCUGGUUUUAGAUGAAGCAACUUCAGCUCUCGAUACCCGGUCUGAGAUGUUGGUUCGACAAGCUUUGCAACGAAUAAUGAAAGAUAGAACAGUUAUUGUCAUUGCACAUCGUUUGGAAACUGUUCUAAUGGCUGAACGGGUUUUUCUUCUAAAGGAAGGAAAAGCGCAAGAGAUUUCUCGUUCGUCUCUUCAAGAUGAUCGACAUGAUUCGUUGGCGUCAAGUGGCCUUGUGAUUUAGGUAGUGUUUUGUUUAUGGGAAUGAGAAUGAAAUGAAGGUUUUUGGGUGGUGGUGAGUACGUUUUGUUUUGUUUUUUUUUUUUUUUUUUAUUAUUAUUAUUAUUUUUUUUUUUGUGUAGUGGGUUUUUUUAGUGCUAAUCUUAUCAUCUAUAUGUUGCUUAUUAUUU